AUGAAUAGGGUAACACUCAAAAACAAAGGUCAAGGUGAGGUAAAGUCCAAAAGUAAAGUAAAAUUAGGUCUCACUUAUCCAACCUUUGGAUAUGAGCUUGUGACUGUCAAAAAGCAUGAACUUUGUGAUCCAGAUCUCUCAAGCACAGAUUUAGGAUAUAGUGAUACACAGCAUCUCGGCUUCAAACUCGUCAAUACAACAUAUACGACAGAUCCUGACCAAUCCAAAGUAGACACAAUGACGUCACCUGAAUUAAGUGACAUUCUGAAGGAUUUCCCCCCAGGCCCCCUUGAUGAAUACAGGAAAAGGGCAUCUUUUGAUUGGAAAAAUAUGAAGCUAUUUCUUGAAGGAGAAGACAUCAUAAAAUAUAAGCAUUAUGUCUAUUCCUGCAUGGAGGGUGAUCCUAAACUAGGAAAGAUCAGCUCUGAGACAUUACCUUUAGAAGAGCAGCGUCGUCUCGUUAUGACACGUAAUAAGCGUUUAAUGGAGUAUGACUUUGAAGCCACUUGUCGUGAAAACACUAUUCCCCCGAAUAUUCUUGGACAAUGUCUACGAAGCUAUGACAAGUCAUUGAGCAUGAAAUACUCCCUCAACAUGCAGAUGUUUGGAGGUACAGUUCGUGCUUCUGGCUCAAAAAGACAUGAAGAAAUUGUGGAAAAAGUUAACAACUUCGAGUACCUGGGAUGUUUUGCUCUGACUGAACUAAGCCAUGGGAGCAACACUAAGGCAAUGAGAACAGAAGCACACUAUGACCCCAAGACACAGGAAUUUAUAAUCAACACACCAGACUUUGAAGCAACUAAGAUCUGGGUGGGCAAUAUGGGCAAGACAGCCACACAUGCAGUAGUGUAUGCUCAACUUUAUACAGCCGAUGGCAGUUGCCAUGGGUUACAUUCCUUUGUUGUACCACUGAGAGAUCCGCGGACACUACUGGCUCUCCCUGGGGUUGUCGUUGGAGACAUGGGGGAGAAGAUAGGCCUCAAUGGCCUCGACAAUGGCUUUGCAGCCUUUAACCAAGUUCGGAUUCCAAGAGACUAUUUGCUCAAUAGAACGGGAGAUGUUACCCCAGAUGGCAAAUAUGUAACCCCCUACAAGGAUCCAAACAAACGAUUUGGUGCUUCUUUGGGGGCACUCUCAGGGGGUCGUGUAGGGAUUACAGGGAUGUGUGCCACAAAUCUAAAAAUGGCACUUCCUAUCGCAAUAAGAUAUUCUGCUGCAAGGCGACAGUUUGGUCCACCAAAUAAACCAGAGAUGCCAGUAUUAGAAUACCAACUACAGCAAUGGCGUUUAAUUCCCUUUCUUGCUGCCUCAUAUGCAAUUGAUUACUUCUCUAAAAAGUUCUUUAUGGACUAUGUGGAGUUCCGCAUUGGAAUGAUGAUGGGGGACAAGAGUGAGAAACAGGCAGAACUUGGACGAGAGAUACAUGGCUUAUCAUCAUCAAGCAAGCCCUUGGCAGGAUGGACUGCGAGAGAUGCCAUACAGGAGUGCAGGGAGGCAUGUGGGGGUCAUGGCUAUUUUAAAGUGAAUCGACUUGGUGACUUGAGAGAUGAGAAUGACCCUAACUGCACAUAUGAGGGGGACAACAAUGUGCUCUUACAACAGACCAGCAACUAUCUACUUGCCAAACUAAGAGAAGGCCACCCAAUUCAGUCCCCACUAGGAUCGAUAGACUUCCUUGAAGAUAUAAACACAAUCAAACAGACCAAGUUCUCUGCUCAGACCAUGGAGCAAUGCUGCAACACUGAAGUCCCCCUAGCAGCCUACAAAUGGCUGGUGACAUACCUGUUGGAAGAGAGUGCAAUUAAGUUGAAGUCAGAGCUCUCUAGCGGGAAAGAUUCAUUCUCAGCACGUAAUGACAGCCAGGCAUACUACUGCAGGACGCUGUCUUUUGCCUUCAUAGAGCACACAGUUUUAGAUACCUUCAAUAAGUAUAUACAAGACACUGACACACCUGCAGAACUUAGACCUGUAUUGAACAGAUUAUGUGUGUUAUAUGGCUUAUGGAGCAUGGAAAAACACCUAGCUACAUUAUACCAAGGAGGAUAUCUACAAGGUCCAGAACCAGCCAGGUUGAUACGUGGAGCCAUCUUGAGGCUGUGUACAGAACUGAAGAAUGAUGCAGUAUCAUUGGUGGAUGUGAUUGCUCCCCCUGAUUUCAUCCUGAACUCCCCCAUUGGGAACUCAGAUGGCCAAAUCUACAAGAAUUUAUAUGGUGCCAUGAUUCAGGGACCAGCUGCCCUAGAAAGACCUUCUUGGUGGGCAGAAUUCUUGGAUAAACCAAAGAUUGGCUCCCUACGGCCAGAAUCAAAACUUUAAACAUUGAAAAAACUGACAUACAAGAGGUAAUUCUAGAAGUGACACCAAAGAGUUGACAUAUACAGGAGUUUUGAAAUUCAAAUACUGGAAGUGAAUUGAAAUAAAAGACAAACAGAAAACUUUUUUCUAAAAAUGACUAGAUUUAUUGAUGGCUCAAUACAUUGAAUGGCCUGUAAUCAGAAUGAUAAAAGUUUUACA